AUGGCACCCAACACCUCAAGAGAGAUAUCUUUCGAAGACUACAAGCUACCCCCUGUUGGUCAUGCGGUUUCUGGUGCAGUUGGCUCCACCAUUGCCAACCUGUUCAUUUAUCCACUUGACAUAUCAACCACCCGGCUACAGCUUGAUAAUAGACAACAGAAACGGGGCAUACUUGAUAUGAUGAUCAGCAUAUAUCAAAAGGAAGGUGGUCUUCAGGCGCUUUAUGCAGGAUUGGGAGCCGACACUCUUGCUACUGUCCUUUCGAGCUUUGUGUACUUUUACUGCUACUCGGCACUUCGCAACAUACAAGAAAAGCUCAACACCAAUAUGGGUAAACGCGCACAGCUCAAUGUCGCCCAAGAGCUUUUCCUUGGCGCUGAAGCAGCAUUGAUCUCGCGAUUCUUCACCACGCCUGUAUCCAAUGUCACCACCCGUUUACAAACAGCUGGCAAGGACAACAAAAAGAGCUUCGUUGAGAUUGCUCAAGAUAUCUACCGAGAAAAGGGUAUUCGUGGCUUUUGGACUGGUUAUCGGGCAUCCAUGUUACUUGUAUCGAACCCUUCUAUCACCUACUUUGUGUUUGAAAAGGUGAAAGCCUUCUAUUUGACCAUGUACCACAAGACUGCUCUCAGUUCCUUGGAGGUGUUUCUCGUAUCCGCAUUGGCUAAAACCGUAGCAACCAUGGUCACCUAUCCUUUCAUCUUUGUUCGCACAAGCAUGGUAGCAGAGGAUCCCAAAGGUAAAGGGAAAGCAGCCGAUAAUGGAGGAGAUAUGGGUAAACAACAAGGGAUGCUUGGCCUUAUGAAACAUGUGAUUCAUCGGGAUGGUCCACGCGGUCUAUACAAGGGUAUGCAAGCACAGAUCACGAAAGGAUUUUUCAAUCAAGGGAUCAUGUACAUGAUAAAAGAUCGAGUAGCGACCUAUCUCACCCUUUUGUUUUACACAUCCAUGCUUAUCAGACGGCGGAAAGUCAGCAGCUAG